GACUUUAUUCAAAAACUACUACUCCCCAACUGACCCCGCGUUUUCUCUCUCUCACAAAAAUCUUCAAAAAUAGCAGUCUUCCCCGUGCCAUGACCUCUUCCUCCACCGCAGCAACCACCUCCGGCAACCACUUCUAGCGGCGGAGCAACCAUGGGUAACUGCAACGCUUGCAUAAGACCAGAAGAAGCUUCCAAAACCGAUCUUGAAACAAAACCAAAGAAGCCCCGAGAACGUAGACCCAAUCCGUAUUCAAAUUCACCCGCCCCGAUCCGAGUACUCAAAGACUUCUUCCCUAAAACCCGCAUAUCCGACAAAUACAUCUUGGGCCGCGAACUGGGUCGGGGCGAAUUCGGAGUCACUUACCUUUGCACCGACCGUGAAACCCGAGAAGCUCUCGCAUGCAAAUCAAUAUCCAAGAAGAAGCUCCGUACAGCUGUAGACAUCGAAGAUGUAAGAAGAGAAGUUGCUAUAAUGUCAAGCUUACCUGAUCACUCAAAUAUUGUUAAAUUAAGAGCUACGUACGAAGAUAAUGAAGCAGUGCAUCUGGUUAUGGAGUUGUGUGAAGGUGGGGAGUUAUUUGAUAGGAUUGUAGCAAGAGGGCAUUAUAGUGAAAGAGCUGCCGCUGGGGUUGCAAGAACUGUAGCUGAGGUUGUAAGGAUGUGUCAUGCUAAUGGUGUUAUGCAUAGAGACUUGAAACCUGAGAAUUUUCUGUUUGCUAAUAAGAAAGAGCAUUCUGCUCUUAAGGCCAUUGAUUUUGGCCUAUCCGUCUUUUUCAAGCCUGGGGAAAGAUUCUCUGAGAUAGUGGGAAGUCCAUAUUACAUGGCACCAGAGGUGUUGAAGCGGAAUUAUGGACCUGAGGUUGAUAUUUGGAGUGCUGGUGUCAUCCUUUAUAUUUUGUUGUGUGGGGUUCCUCCAUUUUGGGCUGAAACUGAACAAGGGGUUGCUCUUGCAAUUUUGAGGGGAGUGAUUGAUUUUAAGAGGGAACCAUGGCCUCAAGUUUCUGAAAGUGCAAAAAGUCUAGUAAGACAGAUGCUGGAACCAGACAUCAAAAAGCGGUUGACAGCCCAACAGGUCCUUGAGCACCCCUGGAUACAACAUGCAAAAAAGGCUUCAAAUGUUCCACUGGGAGAUAUUGUUAGGACAAGACUGAAGCAAUUUUCUAUCAUGAACAGAUUCAAAAAGAAAGCACUGCGGGUCAUUGCUGAGCACUUGACACUUGAAGAGGUUGAGGUAAUCAGAGAGAUGUUUGCAUUAAUGGACUCUGAUGGUGAUGCAAAAAUAUCAUAUGAUGAACUAAAGACUGGACUUAGAAAAGUGGGUUCGCAGUUAGCAGAAGCAGAGAUGAAGUUGCUGAUGGAUGUGGCUGAUGUUGAUGGAAAUGGAGUCCUGGACUAUGGGGAGUUUGUAGCAGUUAUAAUCCACUUACAGAGGAUGGAAAACGAUGAGCAUUUUCGUAAAGCAUUCAUGUUCUUUGACAAAGAUGGAAGCGGUUAUAUUGAGCUUGAUGAGCUACGAGAAGCUCUAGCUGAUGAAUCAGGUGCAUGCGAUACUGAUGUACUGAAUGAGAUCAUGCGUGAAGUUGAUACAGACAAGGACGGGCAAAUCAGUUACGAGGAGUUCGUAGCAAUGAUGAAGACAGGAACUGAUUGGAGAAAGGCAUCUCGGCAGUACUCAAGAGAAAGAUUCAAGAGCUUAAGUGUUAAUCUAAUGAAGGAUGGGUCUCUCCAGCUUCAGGAUGUGCUCAGCGGCCAAACAGUCGAUGUUUAAGUUAAAAGGCUUCAUUUUACUAUUCUAAUGAUUUCCGUUGGUUUUUUUAAUGGGUUUCACAACAGAUCAAAGCUAAUCCGAUCAUCGAUGUUCCAAUUCUUGAAAAUAUUGAUAUUCAGAAGAUCAGAUCUUUGUGAAGUGAGCUUUGAGAAUGCGAUUGGGAGUAGUAUGUAGGUAUUAUUGGGAUGUACUACUGGGAAUUUUUUUGGCUAUGGGGGAAAAUGAAGAAGUGUUUUGAACUUCGGCGGAUGACAUGAAGAUCAGUGCUUUGUUUUAAGGCUUUUGUAUGUUUUCUUUUAGAAGUUCUACAUAUUUGUAUCACUCUUGUAUAUGUGUUGCAAACUCACAAAUGUUUCAU